UCCUCGGUCGUGACGCUGUCCACAAGCCGUGCUUCCUUCAACCCCUCAAUCGCAGCUCCUGGUAAUACUUCCGGUAGUCGAUGGCUUGCUUGAAGUCGUUGAAUCGGCCGCCCAAGCCACAAUACUCCUCGAACCAGAGCUCAACUUCCCGGAGCGAAGGGAACUGGGCGAGCUUGGGAACCUUGGAAUGGCCAGGGUCCAAGGAGUAUCGAUCUUGGGUUUGGGCUCUUCGUUCACUGUCUCCAAGUAUGUCGCACUUUCUUUCCACGGCAAUUAUAGAAAUAGGACGAGUGGGAAGACGGAGAUUUUUCAGUGUCUUGAUAUCGACGUGGUGUACUGUGGUAUGCAGCAGCGCUGCAACUCAACCGGGGGGAUGUGAACGGGGCCACGACACCGCUUGGUUAGACCAAAAUUAAAAAUUAAAAAGAAAGAAAGAAAAGAAGGGUGGUCGAAAAAGGAUGGUAUGCUAGCAGUCUUUGUAUGUAUUG